CGCUCGGUGUUCGCGACGUACCUCCGCAACCAAGACGGCGACUCGCCACUCAGUCAAACGCUAACCGUUCGCGACAACGGAAGCGAAACUCGAAACUCUUCGACGCUUACACACCACGCUGGAACUAAACCUAACAGUUUCAUAACAGUGUUUUCUCAUACUCGCAGCCCGGUUGCAAUCUGGUAACAGACUUUUAAUGACCGUUUUCGAAAUUAAACAUUUGUAAAUUUCGCGAGUAAACCGCUUGUGUGCGUGCAUUCCGGUGUUUUGCAUCGAGCGAUCUUCGAUACUCCAAUGUCGGUUUGUUCACCAAAACAAGCACGGCGCGUUCAAGUGCGAUAAGAAGUUUUGUUUAUGUGCAAUUCUCAAGGAAACCACAAAAUUAUCUCGCCCCGUGUGUUGACUAUUCUCUGGCGCAAUAAAAGUGUGAAAUUUAUUUGCCUGCUAGAUUUUAGCAUAAUCCGCCAACUGAUUUGAAUUAAAAAUUGCACGCAAGGAGGUACGGAAUUUGUCCGAAGCUUGGCUCGUCCACGAUCUAUUGUAUCCAACAUCCCACAACGCGCGAUGAAUCUUUGUUACAUCAUAAUAAGUUUUUGAUGGAAAACCAAAAAUGAUGUUUCACAACGCUACGGUAUCCUCUCGCAGCAGCUCUAGUAAGAGCGGCGGAAACUCCUGCAGUCGUAAUUCAUCGAUGCCCUCGCUGCGAAUGCGUAGCCCGCUGUCGCCGAAGACGUCCUAUAAUCCGCUCUUCCGGCAUUCGGACAUCACAAGUUUUGACGCGUCACACUUCAUCUUCAAUGAAAAACGACGUGACAAGCGUGAGCGCAAAUGUGCAGUCCUACGACGCUACAAUUCGCACGAUUCUUCGCAAUAUGUGGAUUCUUCCAAUGACAACACUCCCGACAGUACUAAGAGUCGCGAGACUCACAGCCGGACAACACCAGAAAUGAGUCCUGAAUCUACCGGAGAGCGAAAACGAAAUCAUGAGGAACUCGAUGCUAGAGAUUUUCUCGAAAGAUACUCUCUUCCUAGGGUGGUGCGGGUUGACGGAGGUGAAGCUUUGUUGCUUUAUCGAUGUUUCGAUAGUUUUACGAAAAUAGAAGCGAAAAGCGUACCAACUAAACGCGCCAAAGACAAAUCAUCAGAGGGAAGCGUUCUGCAUUUCCCAGAGGGAUAUAAUGGAUGGUUUUCGUUAAUUAACGAAAAAGGUGAAAGAUGUGCAGUAGCAUACACGUCGGUGCUGCAACUAGUUCGAGAGCAAGUGUGCUCUUUUAUUAGCAUUCAACCGUUUAUUGCAUACGCUGGUCAUCACCCUGACCCCUCCGAAUCGAUCCCCAGCAGCAAAUUUCAAUACCUUAAGACCCAAGUCAAACCCGGCCAGUUGUUCCAACUUCGAGCCGUCUUCCAACAUCGUGAUCAGGAUAAUGGCAGGCAGUCGACCAAAUCAUCUCGGGUAUCCAAAUCGGCACGCGAUAAGGACUUGGCCAACAGAUAUGCUCAACUAAUAAGUCAAACAAAUCAAGAAUUUUAUGUUCCUCUUACCACGAAAGGUGAAUUCUACGAGAUUCAUAGUUCAGUCAAAGCAAAACUCUGUUUUCCGGGCAUGCUCGACAAGACCGGCCCUCUGGCGUUGGACAAAGAUUGCCUGUACAAAAUUCCACAUCUCCUGCGAAGGGUGGCAUUGCCAAUCAAGGUUAAACUAAUGGUUGGCCCUUUACCACACGGUGUACCCAAGGAUUUCCCAGAUACUUAUAUAUUGGAACGAAAGUUUCAAGAACCGUUGCUGGUGACUUGUACACUGCCUGCUCCAUCAGAAACCUCGCGGAACGAAAUCAGCUGCAUCAACCUUAACUCGGAUGUUAAAAUAUCGCGCUGUAUGCUGGGCUUCGACUCGGAAAAUCGCCUCUUCAAAUCCCAAAGAUUACAAACUGCCCUCGCCUUUUGUCAUACUAAUGUAGAAAAUUGGUACCGCGAAGUCCGACUUGCUCCCAAUUUAAACUCAAGUUGCUCUGAAUGUUCAGCUCAUGGAAAAUCAUGCAAAGCAAACUGCCACAACAAAACCGAGAGCAAUAAGCAUAAGUCAGAUGACUCCAGUAUACACGAAAAGCAAUUGAUAACGAAGGAAGUUUUGGAAAAGUUUCCAAAACCGAAAAAGUGGUAUAAGCACUUUAAAAUUCUUAGUAUAGGCGGAACGGACAACUCGGAAGAAAUGGAGAAAAUCAAAAGCAUUGAUAGAUAUAAAGACAUGUCGAAAUUGAUUGAAGAAAAGUUUGGUAGAAAGAGUCACAAUCCUGUUAAAAAGUCCGCGAGUUUUAUGUUUUCCUCAAAACGAAUAGACUUAGCAGAAACUCCAACUCAAAUUACUAAUAAUGCAGCGUUGCUAAAGUGUCAAAGUUUAGACACACAAUUGUUUGUUGUUGAAGAGAAGGAACCUCACAGGACGAACAGUACCGAAUGGAAGAACUCGAAAUCAAGUCUAUCAGAUAAUUUAAGUUAUGAUUUUCAAAUGUGCAUUUUGGAUAACGAUGAUAGUUUAGUGGAAACAAGAAAUAUGAAUGUUCAACGAGCAGAACCGCAAGUGCCAACAUCAACAGAUAACUUGGAUGAAAUCAAACUUGCCGAGGAUAAACCCCAUUCCAAACCGAAGAAAAGCAAACCCGAUCUAAUACCCACCUUAGGUAAGGAGGACACUUCUUAUAUCACCGAUAGACUUUGUUCCGAAUUUCAUGUGAAGACCAAAGUGCAAAAAAGAAGUGUCAGCAAACAUUCGAUGCUUUCUAGUAAUUUCGAAAAAAACCGAAAUGUGCGACAAUCAGAUUCGCCAAGUAUUCCACUUGAUGUAGAAAUUGAGAAAAAAUCUAACGUUAAGUCGGUUAUUGUGCAAAUACACGAAACCAAAUUUGCUAAAAGCAGCGUACGCGGUAAGCUGAUUGAGGAAGACAUCCCGUAUUGUCAAGUUGCGGAUGAAGUCAGCUUGAAACCCAGUGGCAGGCGGAGAACGUCGAAUGAGAAUAUUUACGCGGAAAUCUGCGAUGGCACCAGGUGCAGGUGUGAGACGAAUUCGAUGUGCAAAUGUGCGAACAGAAAGAAGAGUCAUUCAGAAUAUUGCUACGUGAAGCUAGGCUCUAACGGCGAAAGCGUCACUUCUGACUCCGAUGAGGCAAUUUAUAAUACAUUAAGAUAAUAGUUCUUAAGACCUAUUUGUAAAAAUUGUUUAUAGAUACACACGCAUUUAUAUAUUUUGAUAUGUUUAUGAAGCAUUAUUAAGUUAAACAAGAAUUCUUGAUGUGAUUAAUUAUAAAUUGAGAGUAGUUUUUUUAAAAUUUGUACAUGUAUUUUAAAAGAACAUUUUAUCAAAA